GACAACCAGAAGGGUCGUGAGUAAAAUGAAUGUGUGAGUUAUCUCACAUGGACGCAGAGAGGUUUCUGCUCGCGGUCUGCACAAAACGACGGAAUAACGUGUGUUGGGGGACACCUCCGGAUACUCAAGUUCCCAUGGUGCCAUGCUUUGAUGCUGUUCCUUCAGAUGCCCGGCUCUUACUGCUGCUCUCAGCAUCGGCACAUUCGGCACGCUGAACGAUGUUCUCUGCUGAACCUGAUGACCUCCACUGAUCUCUAAACACGACUCCGUACACACCUAUUAGCCGAUGGGGUGAUUCUACCCUCCUGGCAAAAGGAAGCCGUCUUAAAGGCUUUGUUUUAGGAAAGAACUGGAUCCCAGGUGUACUGAUUGAGUCGUGUAUCAUUAUCAUUGAUAAUCUAUCAAAUCCAUAUUAAAAUACAGACAAACACGGAAGCUGGACGGUCCAAAUACUCCUUCAGCUUUUGUGUAAAGUUGGUCCUGAAGACGACGCAGCAUGGCGCGGAUGAACAGACCAGCGCCGGUGGAGGUGUGCUACAAGAACAUGAGAUUUCUCAUCACGCACAAUCCCACCAACUCCACGCUCAACAGCUUUAAAGAGGACCUGAAGAAGUAUGGUGCUACAACAGUGGUGCGUGUGUGUGAGGUGACCUACGACAAAACGCCCCUGGAGAAGGACGGCAUCACCGUGGUGGAUUGGCCGUUUGAUGAUGGAGCUCCUCCUCCCUCCAAGGUGGUGGAGGACUGGCUGAGCCUCCUCAGGAGACGCUUCAUGGAGGAACCGGGCUGCUGCGUGGCUGUGCACUGUGUCGCGGGCCUCGGCAGGGCUCCGGUGCUGGUAGCUUUGGCUCUCAUUGAGUGUGGGAUGAAGUAUGAAGAUGCGAUCCAGUUCAUCAGACAGAAGCGGCGUGGCGCGAUAAACAGCAAACAGCUGACCUAUCUGGAGAAGUACAGACCCAAACAGAGACUGCGCUAUAAACACCCACACAUCUUCAAGAACAAGUGCUGCCUCAUGUGACCUGAACGCUGCGCCCGAACCCGAACCACGCCGGUACCGAACUUCUCAGACCGGGGUGCUCUUCGCCGAACUGCUGCGUAAGCACAGCCCCGUUUCGGUCUGACUCGAUCCCUGUCUGUGCCUAAACCCCAAAUCGCUCUCACUACAGAGUGAACACUGCCACGACUCUGAGAGGUCAAAGGUCACCGCAGGGUCCGUAAGGCGCACCAAAGAAGGUGACCUUUGACUGAUCGACCAGCUGAUACGGAGCCAAGGGGAAUCAUGGGAAACUUUUUUUUUUUUCGCCUGAUCACUUUCUUUUAUCUGUGAAGUCUCAGGUCGUUUCAUUAUCAAGUCGUCUCAGAUACUGCCGCUUACUCUUUCAUUUCCCGGCGAUGCUUCGGCAUUUCGUGAGUAAGCCCAGCGUGGAAAUGGACGGAGAGGAUUUAUAGUAGGGGCUCCUCUGCGUUUUCAUAACUUCUUUGGCCAAAAUCUUUGCAGCUUCUGAGAAAGAGGAAUACAUGAAGGCUUUUGUGAACUCUGCAGCAGAGAGAAGCGUGUGUAAGACUUUUCCUUUUUAUUCCACUUCUGCCAUCAUCAUCAUCAUCAUCAUCAUCAUCAUCAUUAUCAUCAUCAUUAUUAUUUUUUUCUACACGCUUAUGAUAUUUUCUAAUGAAUUUAGUUGGAUGUAUCUUCCCCAUCCCAACACACACAAAAUAAACGAAUAAGCCAAACGAAUGUAGUAAACACGUCGCGCACCGCCACGCAAGCCGAGUCGGUCGUACUCCUGCGCUAAUGAAGACGAAGACCGGACUCGAGAAGUACGUCCUUCCCAACACGAGAACAAAUAAUGCACUUACCGUAUUCGUGUUUGAGAUUUGCUGUGUACGGCGCGAACGUUCGUCACGUAUUUACAAUCACCUGUGUUGUUCAAAAGCGUUUUGGUUUCCCUGGAAAACGUUUAUAUGUAAAUGUAAGAUUCCAAGCCACAGUUGCAGAUCUGACACCGAGGUGACAUUUCAAUAAAGACUGGUACAGUCAAAGAUAACGGUAGAAAGAAAUUCAUUCCAAUUUAAUUGUGGCUAGUACAUCUAAUGAAAUGGAAUUUUUUUUUUUUUUUUUUUUUUUUUUUUUUUUAAAUAUUAUGUGUUGUUUGUACCAAGUGAGCAGAUUCGACAGCUAUAUUAUUCAUUUCUCAACCCUGUACUAUACGUUAAAAAAACAUCAAUUAUGUGCGCCAUGUGAUUAAAAUAAUUCAGCAUAAUGCUGUUAUACUGAAUAUCGAUAUGAGGUAACUGACAUUUCAGACACAAUAUGGACAAACGUUUUGUUUCUUUUUUUUGCCCCGUCGGCAGAAAUAGUUCCCGAAGAAGCCGCAGCGGGAUGGAGCGUUCCGUGUUGCCAUGGUAACGUGUAGUAACUGUUUCGACAUGACAUAAACUGUUCUUCGGGUCGUAAUUUGACGUCGUGAACACAGACAAGCGGCGUGAUACACACAGUCAUAUGUACCGAUACCAAUGCUGUUCUACUAAACAUCAGCACACUUGGAGCGCCGCUUAUCCAAUCAGAUUAGUGCACCAGAACUAACUAUUGUAUAAUUGUACAACUUCAAAAACGUACAUGUAUGGGUCUGAGGUGAGUGUUACGCUUUAGCGAUGAUGCCGCAACGAAUCAUGGGACUUUCAGCUUGUUCUCAUGGGCAAGUCACCAAUCGGAGUGUCCUCAGUGUUUUUGGAGGAGGAUCAAGAGCACUUCCCCGGUUUUUUAUUGUUCUUGGUACGUGUGUUCUUGAUUAUUGGAAUGUAACUUGGGCGUUAAAAGAUGAUCUCAGCUGUGGACAGAAAACAACACGUAUUGAGAAAUACCAGUGCGCUUUCUUUGUUGUUUGAGUUACUUAUCUAACCGAUAAGUUCCUCCGACAUUGUUGUUGGGGUCAUGUCCCGAUGCACACCUCAACUCUGCAUCACGUCACACACUGUUUAUAUUGUAUAUUCUCCUUUCAAGCGCAGAGAUGAAUCACUUCAGAUGUCACUUUAAUGUGUUUCUGAAAAGAUCUUUCAAAACCUCAGGUCCUCACACGGCCCCGAAUGAGAGCUCAUGGACGGCUUUAAGACUUUUCUGUCUGCUUUUGAACACAUACCUCCUGCUGUACAGAGAUGCUUAUGAUGAUGAUAAUAAUAAUAAUAAAGGCUGGUUAUGAAUCAUUCCGUCGUACUUGGUGUAAUAUGAGAUGGCUGCAUCACCACGUGUGAGUAAAGACAUGACUCAUGCACACUCUGGACUUGCCAGCUCAUCACUUCGACCGCUAGAGCGUUGGAGAUGCGAGUGUGUGCAAGUGCUGCCAUCUGCCGGACAGAGCUCAGAACACACGUGCACACACGGACGUCCAAGCCCACACACCAGAAUUAUUUGAUUAAUUAAUAAUUUGUUAAGAUAAGACAAAAACGUUUGCACUCAAGAGAAUAAAAAUGAGUCUAACAAUAAGUAGAUUUGUUGAAAUAUAUCCUUCUGUUCUUCCAUAAACUGCUCUGACUCCAGUUUUAAUUGAAUUGAUUUAAAAAGAUUUUGGUUUACAUGACACGAUUUCUUAGAUCUUUUUCUGAAUUUUGCAUUCAUAUUUCCUUUUUAAAAAAAAUUCCACCGUCAAUUGACCAUAUUUAAACAUAGUAAGAAAUCUGUUUUAACAACAACAACAACAACAACAUACAGUUAUUUUGUUAGCUUUUCAUCGUCCUCAAUCACCAUUUCUAAGAGAGCAUGUUCAUUAUCUUAACUUUCAUAUUUUUCAUAAUUCACAGUAAUCUGAUUACAUAUUAAAUACCGCCAGAGCUUUUACCAUGAAUAAACUAACACUUUUUAUCUAGUUAUUGUACAUUUUAUC